GGUGGAGAUGAGCAAAAAGCUCCUGCAAAAGGACCUGCUUUUGUCAGUAAGCCAAGAAUUAUUCCCAAAGAUGGAGGUGCUCUGAUAUUAAUGGAAUGUCGUGUAAAAAGUCCAUCUAAACCAGUGGCAACAUGGUAUAAAGAUGGUGUACCGAUCCAAGAAGGAUCUCUAUAUGCUUUUGUUUCUGCAGAUCUCGGAGAUUCCGUUUAUCUGUUACAAUUAGAAAUUCGGGGCCCCUCCGCGGGUGAUGCCGGACACUACAGAUGUAAUAUAAGAAAUGACGAAGGCGAAACAAAUGCAAAUUUGGCUCUAAACUUUGAACAAGAAGAAGCCGAAGUUCAGGAGACUCCAGGCAGAAAGUCGCCAAGGCAGCGGAGAGAAAAAGAUUCUGCGUCUCCUAGGCAUGGCUCACGGCCUGGUUCACCUAAGAAACAGUUAAAGUCAAGAGAAGGUACUCCAAAAAAAUCUUUGAAAUCACGCGAGGGUACUCCAAAAAAGUCAAUCCGUUCGCGUACAGCAACCCCAACUCAAGAAAUAGAAAAGCAAAAUGGUGUCACCGGUGAAACUAAAACGAUGAAAGCUGAAGAAGGAAGUAUAAAACGCAAAAGUGAUGCUGCUCUGCCUCCAACAGAUGAAAAAAGGCAGAAAUUGAAAAGUGGAAGUCCACCUGCGCAACAGCAGGCAAAGCCAGUUGAAAAGGCACCAACGACUCCACCAGCAGCUACAGCAGAAACAACAACAACUACUACAGCAGCAGCAGAGUCAGCAGCAGCAACAGCAGCAGCACCAGCAGAAGCAACAGCACCACCACCAUCAUCAGCACCUACAGCAACCACAAGAGCCGCAGCGGCAAAAGCAUCAACGGCAACUUCAGCUAGCGAUUUCGACAUUCGAACUAACGAAAAAACUCGAACUAGCUAUAAGAGAGCACCUGUAGUUUUGGAAGCAGCAAAGUCACAAGUACCUGUUGUAAUUAAAGCAAAAUCAGUGAAACAAGAUCAGUUGCAAAGAAAAGUAGCUCAUGAAGGAGAGUCAGUGACGUUAGAAUGCGAGCUUCAAUGUGACCCGUCAACAAAAAUUACCUGGUUUAAAGAUGGACGAGCAAUAGAUCCAUCCCCAGAAUUCCAGACAUACUUUGAUGGUCAAAUUGCCCGGUUAAAAAUACCACGUAUGACCGAAGAUAAAAGCGGUUUAUUUAAAUGUACUGCAAAAAGUGAUUACGGUGAAGCACAUAGUUCUGCGAUGGUCAAAUUCGAACAUUCUGAAGACGAAUUUGACAUGCUCAAACAACAACACCGUAAAAGUAUAAUGGAAUUAGAAAAAACACUAAAAGAAGAAGAAGCCAGACGUGAAAUUGAAGCGAAACGUCAGAAGAUCGUUGAAGAAAAUGAGGAUGAAAUUUCAACACCAAAAACUGACGGAAUACAAAAAUCACCAGGUGUUGCCCAAGAAAGUUUGCGUUCUGAAACUGAAAAUAAACCUGCGGCUCGUCCACAAGUUUCUGUUGAACAAGCCGACGACAGAGAUGCUGAUGAAGUAAGCUUAUUUACUGUUCUCUAUUCCAACUGUUUUUUCUUCUUUUCCUCUUUCAUUUCACUUCACCAUUUCAUCAAAAUAAUUUGAAA